AUGGAUCCCACCGAGACGGGGAGUAGCUCUGGUCAAGAGGCUUCUCACCAUUCAUUCUCGGUAUCUCCAGGCUACAGAGAUGGCAAUCAAGCCUCCCUCGGGGGGCUGCCUAAUUAUGAUGGGAUGGGUAUAUACUCCCAGUUCGUUCCUCCUGGUCAAUCUGGAAUGUACAACGACAUGCGAUCAUCUCCCAUGGUUAUACCACCUCAAAGCUAUCAACAGGCUUCAAUAUACCCGGGGACCCAGCCAUCGUCCAUCGGGACGACAGAUCGGGCAGUUUUCGUAGAUACUGAGUCAUCCACAGCGGAGAACCUCAGUGAGGUUUUAGGUGAACUGAAAAUUGACGAGUCGGGCAUCGCCCCUUAUAUCCGAAGACAACGAACGGAUCGCAUUGAGCCUGAUGCACCUGUUCAAGAUGACACGGAAGAAAGGUUACCGCCGCUUAGCACAGGUGCAGGUGCCACAAUUCGAAUUCCUCCAGAGCUCAUGCCUACAGAUGAGGAUGUGAUGGACUAUUUCAAAAUUUACUUUGAUGAGAUUCACCCUUAUGUGCCUGUCAUACCAAGGGCCCAUUUCUACUAUCAAUGGCAAAAUGAUCGGCGCUCUAUCUCUCCCCUUCUCCUUGAAGCCCUGUUUGCCUGUGCUGGACGAUUAUCAGAGGAGCCUGCGGAGGGUGCACAGUGGCUUGCGCUAGCAAACAGACAUGAAUCGAGUUUCAUGGAUGUUCCACGUGUCAGCACAAUCCAGGCCAUGCUUCUCCUCCUGAAAGCCCGGGAGUCGUUACCUAAGAAAGGAUAUUAUUACCGGUCUUGGCAGACUGUCAAAACAAUAGUCUCAAUGGCUAAAGAUUUGGAUAUCCACGAACAUUAUAGUAAUCACGCGGAAGGACGACCUUGUGACCUGAGCCCAAUCGAAUGUUUAAUUCAAACUCGUAUAUGGCAGGCUCUUCUGGUGGUAGAGGUGAUGAUUGGAGCACCUCAGGGUCGUUCGGAUUAUGGUGUAGACCCCUUGACCGUGGACAUGCGUCCGUCUUUAGACAUCAGGGGCCUGGAUGCCUAUGAGACUGAUCGCUCACGACAAUAUGCCUACUUUGUUCGCAACGCACACCAUAUUCGCAUCAUCACAGAUAUUUAUCACAAGGUCAAAAAGCAAAAAGAUUGGGGUGCCGAUCCUCGGUUCGUGCAGAAGAACCCCCUUUUCGCCGAUUGGCUUGGCAAUCUGCCACCCGAUUUACAGGUCAAUUAUCCGCCUGAUGGCUCUCCUCCGUGGCUCCCCUCUCAUUUUGUGGGCAAUAUGCAUUCUCAUUGUCAUCUGGCGAUCAUUCUGCUCCACCGACCACAGCUUCAGGCGUCUCAAUCUUUUGCCGCGGGGGGCGAGUGGAAAAUACACUUCUCCUUGUGCUAUUCAUCGGCUAAGAGCCUUUGUCGCUUACAAGAGGCCAUUUUGGACCGAUUUGGACUAUCUGGUUUGUUGUAUAUGCAGCGGGGGAUCAACUUCGCCAUUUAUUGUAUUCUCACAUGUACCAUGCUUCACCUGGUCGCAAUCACCUCUCCCGAUCCCGAAUUCAACUCAGAUGCUCGGGAAUUCUUCACCCGCCACAUGCGUAUUCUUGAGCGAUGCUCUACUGCCUGGCCUAUGCCGGAAAUUCAAGCACAGAUUGAUUCUUUAAGGCUGGCCUUCUCCGCUGAUACCAAUCGGUCCUUUGAGCUUAAGCCAAGCUUCCCAUAUGGCAGUCCCUCGGAAGGCUAUCAACCUAGCCCGCCAAUGGAUGCGCAUUAUCACCCGCACCUUGGCCAAGUGUCAAGUCAUGUCCAAUCCAGAGUGGGUUUUAACACACAUCCCAUUACUCCUCCGAUUUCCGCUGGUGCUGAAGACUCCAAGUCCGACACAUCCUCCCAGUUGCAAUCCCUUGGCAUGGUUCCCCAUCAACCACCGACCACCCACCCCCUCGACCAGCCUUUAGUUGACGAAAACACCUGGGACCCGACCCGAAUCAUCAAUCAAUGGGAUAUGGCCUUCUCCGUAAAUCCCUCUACCGUCAGCGCCAACUCUCCCCCGAUGCAGAUGAGUAACCCAGCUCAACCUAUGUCAAACAUGGUAAAUCACCAGUACCCAAUCCAGUACGACUCGCCGUCCAAGGUGACCCUCCCCCCGACACAGUCAGUCUCUCCGCCUCAAUUCCAAGCACCCCCGAUCGUGUUCAGCGCUCGUGAUUGGCAACAGAGUGUGGCAAGCGUAUAUGAUCCCCAAGGCCUAAAGCGACGAUGGAAUUAUUCAGUUGACAUGGAUGCCGACAACAUGGUCAAACGUCAACGUGGGUAG